CAUUUCGAUAUUUGUAUAGCGGUGAACGUUCGCGGAACGAGACGGCACAGGUUAACAAAUUGGUCAUUCACAGGGAGUGUCUCCCAAUAAUUAGCCUAAUAGUUCCGCUAUAUUUUUCACCAAUCUUGUAAUAUUCCAAUCAAUAUUCGAUCGAGAUUAACAAUAAUGUUCUAAUCUCGUGGAAUUUGUAAGAUGUUUAUUGUAUAGCUAUAAAAUGUAUGAAAUGUCACGUUUAUUGACUACCGCAGUGUUCUCGCUAGUCCUUUUGCUUCCCACACUCGCACAAAAUGUUUUGUACGGGGAACAAAUAUACGAGUGUCCUCAACACUGGAUGCGAUUCCAAGACUCAUGUUAUCGUUUUAUUAAGAGCCCAUUGAGAGUACGGGAAGAUGCGCGCAGAAAUUGUCAAGCAUUCCAAAGUGACCUACUCACCAUCAAUACAAUAGAGGAGCAUGGAUUUGUGCUCUAUCAAUUAUUGUGGCAAGAUCCGCAGCAUCGCAGGUGGUAUACCGGAGUGAAACUCCAAAGUGGCCUAUGGAUAAAUGAAGCUGACAGUACAACGUUGAUAAAUAUGGAUAACGCCUUUCUACCUGAGCCUAAUGACAAUGUGCCUGGAAGAGACUAUUUGGCAUAUGCUUAUUCCAAUAAUCUCCAACGUUGGGGAUUAGAAAAAGUCACUGGUAAAGAAGAGUUAUUGUAUAUUUGCGAAGCACCUAUUGCCACUCUUCACAAUUUGGUAGAUGACGAUCGUACUUAUCAGUAUGGAGUCGAUAUUGAUAAUCCUCUUCAAAUACCUAGAGGACCAUAUUUCAUAAAGCAGCCUAAAGACAAAGUAUUCGAUGUAUCAAAGAGAAAAAUAAACAAUGAUGUUUCACUAAGCUGUUUGGCAGGAGGUUAUCCUACUCCUACUUAUGAAUGGUUCAAAGAGGAUUAUGAAAAUGAUCGAUUAGUUGCAAGAAAAAUUGAUCCACUUUUAAAUAUCAGGUAUACUGUAAGUGGCGGAACAUUGAUCAUUUAUGAGCCUGAACAGACAGAAGAUCGUGGCUCGUAUCAUUGCAAAGCAACUAACAAAUUUGGUACGAUUAUUUCUGAAAGUGUUGAAUUGUCAUUUGGAUACAUCUUAGAAUUCAAUUUGAAACGUUCCGAGGAACGUGGAGACAAUCAUUGGGGCAAAGCAGUUUAUUGCGAUCCACCGCAACAUUUCCCAGGUGUUAAGUACUAUUGGGCGCGUGAUUAUUUUCCUAAUUUUGUUGAGGAGGAUAAACGUGUAUUUGUCUCAUAUGAUGGAGCGCUUUACUUUUCCGCGUUGGAAACGAUUGACCGAGGAAACUAUUCGUGCAAUGUUCAGAGCGUCGCAUCCGAUACUGGACGCAACGGGCCAUUCUUCCCAUUGAGAGUGGACAUGCACUCCUCUUUCCAACAGUUAAAGUUCCCUAAUAAUUUUCCAAAGGCAUUUCCGGAAGCACCAGUAGCUGGGGAAGAAGUUAGAUUGGAAUGCAUUGCAUUUGGAUACCCUGUUCCUUCAUAUAAUUGGACGAGAAUGGGUAGUGUCUUGCCGCGUAACGCAUAUACUACGAAUUAUAAUCGCGUAUUGAUAAUACCCCACGUACGCGUGGAGGAUCAAGGUGAAUAUGUUUGCCGAGUGCAUAAUGAUAGAUUGUCCAUCAAGAACUCGGUGCGACUGACUAUACAGGCAGCACCUAAUUUCACCAUCCCAUUGGUCGACAAGCACAUGGACAAUCGGGCGGAUCUGACUUGGACCUGCGAAGCGUUCGGUAUACCGGACGUCACCUACAGUUGGUUUAGAAACGGAGAACUCUUAGACAUGUAUACUCUACCGCCUGAAGAUAGAGAUCGUUAUACUAUACAAGAUAACGUGCUAAAUAUACGAUAUUUGGAUCCUGAAAGAGAUCAGGCUAUGUAUCAAUGUCGCGCAAAAAAUCAACUGAAGACAACGUAUUCGUCGGCUCAACUUAGAGUCUUGUCGUUGAAACCUUCCUUCAAGAAACGCCCUAUGGAAUCCGAGACUUAUGCGGCAGAAGGACGUAACGUUACGAUUGUGUGUAAACCCGAAGCAGCGCCCAGACCGAAAUUCGUUUGGAAGAAAGAUGGGAACGUAAUUGGAUCAGGCGGUAGACGAAGAAUUAUGGAAACUGGAAACCUCAUCAUUAGUCCAGUAUCGCGAGACGAUGAGGGAACGUACGUGUGCACAGCGACGAAUCAAUACGGCAGCGACGAAACCCGUGGACGAUUGAUUGUACUACGUGGACCACAAUUUAUUGAAAGAUUACCACCACAAAUACUCCUGAACUAUAAUUAUAAUCUGACAUUACGCUGUUUGGCUCAAAUAGAUGAAAUGUUGGAUAUAGCAUAUAUUUGGACGCACAAUGGAAUGCGUAUCCGUGAUAAAGACUUGCGGAAUAAUCCGCGAUUGCAGAUUAAUGGCGAAUAUUUGGACAUUAUAAACACUACGUUUGCUGAAGCUGGUGACUACGAAUGUAUCUUGAAAAGUGCUGUUGGUGAAAUAUCGAGCAAGGUUAAUCUGAUCGUGCAGGGGCCACCGGGACCUCCUGGUGGAAUACAGGUUGUAAAUAUUGUGAAAACAUCACCCACAUUACGGUGGACUGAUGGCGCUUUGAACGGUAGACCGAUAACUAUGUACACAGUUAGCGCGCGAACCAAUUGGAAUCGUACAUGGAUUCCUCUCGCAGAAAAUAUUACAGCCUAUGAGAUGGACAGAUAUAAUGGGCGAAAAGAAGUGCAUUUGGAGAAUGUGUUGAAUCCUUAUUCUACAUAUGAGUUUCGUGUGUCGGCCUUUAAUGAAUUUGGUUACGGCCCGCCAUCAACUCCCUCACCUCAAUACAGUACUUCAGCCGAUAGACCUACGAAAGCACCAUCGAAUAUCAGUGGUGGUGGAGGAAAAAUAGGAGAUCUCACGAUUACAUGGGAUCCUCUUAGCCCUUCGGAUCAGAACGGUCCUGGACUCUAUUACAAAAUAUUCUGGCGUCGCAAAGGACAUGACACAGAAUAUCAAUCACAAUCUCUGAAGGAAUAUGGCAACGUCGGCAGCAGUGUUGUACCGAUACAAACGAAAUAUUAUUACACGGAAUACGAAGUAAGAGUACAGGCAAUUAAUGCGAUAGGCGAGGGUCCUAUAUCCGAAAUUAAGACUGUAUACAGCGCGGAAGACAUGCCACAAGUUGCGCCGCAACAAGUAUUCGCUAUGAGUUACAAUAGUACCAGUUUGAAUGUCAGCUGGUUGCCGAUUGAGCAGACUCGCGAACGGGUGCGAGGCAAGUUAAUCGGCCACAGGAUUAAGUACUGGAAGGAGAGCAUUCGCGAAGAAGAUGCUACUUAUUAUUUAUCGCGCACUACUCGUCCUUGGUCAUUAGUUGUUGGAUUGCAGCCAGAUACUUAUUAUUAUGUGAAGGUAAUGGCCUAUAAUUCCGCCGGUGAAGGUCCAGAAAGUGAGCGGUAUUUAGAGCGCACUUACCGCAAAGCACCACAGAAACCACCGUCUUCAGUCAAUGUCUAUGGUGUAAAUCCGUCGACAGUAAGAGUCGUCUGGCGAUAUGUACAGCCGAGUCUGGAGGAAGAACCGCUAAUCGGAUACAAAAUACGUAUAUGGGAGGUCGAUCAAGAUAUGAGUACGGCAAAUGAUACAAUUAUACCAGGCGGUUCCAAGUUAGAGGCCGAUAUCAAGAACUUGAGUCCAGGCAAGGCGUAUCAUCUGCGAGUGCUCGCAUUCAGCAAUGGCGGCGACGGCCGAAUGUCCAGUCCGACUCAUACAUUCCAGAUGGGCGAUGCCGCAGCCUUCAGGAGCAGCGCCGGAAACAGAAUCUUAGAUGCCGCUCUGGGAAUAAUAUUCUUGUUAUAUUUAUGGAAUUUUGACUAUAUAUAGUGUAAAUACUUAUAAUAACUGUAGGUUAGUUUGAUUAAUGGCCAUAAAUUUUAAACGAAUUUCUUUUAAACAGAAAAACUAAAAAGUUUAACAAAAUUCAAAACAGAUUUUAAUAUAAGAUUUAACAAAAUUCUUCUUAUCCAAUUAAAUAAUUUUACAAUCUGUCGAUCUAAUCUUUGGUUAAUCAAAAAUUAAUAUUGCUACAUUACUAAUAUUGUUUAACGAUAUAGCCGCUUCUUUUAACAAUGAUGAUUCAGCGCUAAGUACUUCCGCAACUAUUUUUUAAGAAGAAUAGAACGGUACUAUGAGUCUAUGAAGAGACUGAAUUAAAGUCGAUCUACAUUUGAUCCAAAUAUCGUGCGAAAAA